AUAAGGACUACUUUGUCAACAGAGUAAGAAAAGAGUUUAAGCAAGCUAAAGAUAUUGAAAAAGCAGAAGACAUCAAAUUUUAUUUUCAAAGGGGACUUGCACUGCUGAAAAACAAGCGUGUAGUAUAAUGAAUUAAAUUAUUAACAUAACUUGGAAGCCAUGUCUAUGCUGGCUCGCAUAUAUUUUCAGCAACAACCGUCAUUUCUGUUGCACCUAUCAUCAGUAAAAAUUAAUGUAUCAGAAUGCAUUAAUAUUAGUGUACGUAAUAAACACAAACUAGACUACUCUAGAGUUCCCAAGCUGAAAGAAGAAGAUUUAGAUGAGCAGUUUGUUAGAGGCACUGGACCUGGAGGCCAGGCAGUCAACAAGACCAACAACUGUGUCGUGCUUGUUCACAAACCCACAGCAGGUAUUGCAGUAAAAUGUCACAAAUCCCGGUUGCAAGAAGAAAAUAGAAAACUUGCAAGAAAUACUCUAAUUACAAAAUUAGACAAUUUUCUGAAUGGCGAAUUAAGUAUUGAAGCACAAGAAAGAGCUGUUAUGAUUAAAAAAAGUAAAGAGAAGAGUCGUCGACAGCAGAAGCUUGCAGAGUUGAAGGCAAAAUGGAAGGAGAAAGAAGGACUUACAUGACUAUGUUACAUAAGAAAGUAAUGUGAAAAUGCUAAUUAAUUUCUGUUGUGGCUAUGAUUAUGUUGUGUACAUACAAAUAUUUUCUUUAAAUAAAAUAUAAACCCAUAAUAAUUAAUGUUAA